AGAGGGUGGAUUUGGACCUGUUUACAAGGGUACAUUAUCUGAUGGCACCGUAAUUGCCGUGAAGCAGCUUUCAUCUAAAUCAAGUCAAGGAAAUCGUGAAUUUUUGAACGAAAUAGGCAUGAUUUCUUGUUUGCAGCAUCCAAAUCUUGUAAAACUUUAUGGGUGUUGUAUUGAGGGGGAUCAAUUAUUGGUGGUGUAUGAAUACAUGGAGAAUAAUAGCCUUGCUCAUGCCUUGUUUGGGCCAGAAAAAUGCCAGCAACAAUUGGACUGGCAAACGAGGCACAAGAUCUGUUUGGGCAUAGCUAGAGGUUUAGCUUUUCUGCAUGAAGAAUCGAAACUCAAGAUUGUUCACAGAGAUAUCAAAGCUACUAAUGUACUGCUUGAUAAGGACCUAAACCCAAAAAUAUCUGACUUUGGGUUAGCCAAGCUGGAUGAAGAGGAAAAAACCCACAUCAGUACCAGAGUAGCAGGAACCAUAGGAUAUAUGGCACCAGAAUAUGCUCUGUGGGGUUAUCUAACCUAUAAAGCAGAUGUUUACAGCUUUGGAGUUGUGGCAUUAGAAACUGUGAGCGGGAGGCAUAAUAUGAGUUUUGGGCCGGAGAACACCUGUGCAUGUCUUUUGGAUAUGGCAUGUCAUUUGCAACAAAGUGGAGACCUGAUGGAACUAGUGGAUCAAAAGCUGGGGUCUGAAUUUAACACGGUAGAAGCUGAAAGGUUGAUUAAAGUAGCUCUCUUAUGCACUAACGCUUCAUCCUCACUAAGACCGGCCAUGUCUGAAGUGGUGAGCAUGCUGGAGGGAAUGGCUGCCAUUCCAGAUGUGAUCCCGGAACCAAGUAGUUAUAGUCAAGAUUUGAGGUUCAAAGCCAUAAGACAUCAUAGAAGACUAACAUACAAUCAGAGUGCACAAGAAACUCAGGACAAUCCUUCAACAUCAUCUCGGCCCUUGUCAGUGUCGUCCUCUGCAUCUGUCCGCGAUCUCUAUAGCGUUAACAUUGAGUCCUCUCCAUCUGUCCACGAUCUCUAUAGUGUUAACAUUGAGUCCCAUAUCAGGUCUAGAGCUGCUGAUGACCAUUAUAAAACAAUGGAAAGCCUGAGUUCACAAGAAAGCGAGAUCCAAGUAUCAACAACAACGCCUUCAUGGGUCGGCUAUUCCUCUACAUCGGCCAGUGAUCUUUAUGAUGUUAAUAUAUAGUCCCGUUAAUCUGAAGUUGAGUGAAAAUACCCAUCCAUAUUGUGUUGAUUGAUAUUAUAGAACAGCAACUUACUAGAUUUUUCAUAUCAUAUAUGAAGAUUUUAUAGCAAUUUGGUAGUUUGAAUGUCUGUAUCAAAAGCUCUGUUGGGCACUACCAAAAGAGGAAGGAAAGGAUACAACUAAAAUAGAGAACUUCAUUUUCUUUGUUUGGUUUUGUUGGAGAAUCAUGAGGAAAUGCAAUUCAAUAAAUCCAAAAGGGUGUGUGUGUAGU